CUGGCGGUCGAGCAUUACGUUCUUGUAGGUGUAAUAGCAUUGUAUUGCGCCUGGAGUUGCGGAUUCGCAACGGAAGCGGUGCACUUUAUGCGGGAAAAACAGAACCUUGGAGCCUUGUUCUACCAUGCCGGAAAAGGCAUCCGACUAUAUGCGUUCCGCUCUCCAUGGCAGAUGCAUAUAUCCGUAGGAGAACAAUAUUUCACUGCAAGACUGUCACGCGUACAGACCAGACGUUCUCUCCUUUACAAGUUCUAG